AUGAACCAGAAAAAGGUCACCGGGGAGGAAAAGCCCACAGAAAGGGGAGCGGAACCGGUCGGAGCAUCACAGUUGGAUGCUACCACCAGCAGAACGAAUGAGCAGGAUAAAAAUGUAAACCUGGCUCAAGUGGAAGCUCAAGUGGAAGAUGGAAACACAAAGGUCACCGAAGAGGACUUGGCGGAACUGGGACUGGAUGACCUUUCACUAAACGAUAAGACUGUCGGUGAUGACCUUUGGGCAACUCCAAUGGUCUCGGAUGAAUCGAAUGAAUCAUACUUCACGGAUGAUGAAGCGACGAUGAAUAUGUCCUUCCAGACUGCGAUGAAAGAAGCUGACCGUGCUGAAGGGAUGACACCAUUCAAGGACAUACCCGAGUACCUUAUUGAACGGACACAAACAGGAAAGGUCAGCAAUGUUAGACCGCCAUCACCGAACAGUCCCACAACGACUUUGAGGACUCGCGUGAGGGAGUUGGAAAGCGAACUCGAAGCCAAGGAAAGUCAGGCAAUGAAACGAACAAAAGAAAACCGGGAUAAGCUGUCGUCACUGGAAGCGCGAAUUUAUGAAUUGGAACAACAACAAGUUGACCUGGAAAGCGCAGCGGAUGAAUGGAAAAUCAAAUACGAACGUCAGAGAGAACUCGCGGAAGAAUAUUUGAAAAUGGCAGAUGACAGAGAAAUGGAAGGUCAUCUCGCGGUCGGUGACCUUAAUGAGAGUAUGUCAGAAGAAACAGCGGAAAGGUCACGGCACUUAGCCGAAUUGAAGGACGAAUGCGACUCGAUGAAACUAAAGGUCACCGAAGCUGAAACGAAAAGAGACGAAUACGCAACAAAACUCGCCGAUGCUACUCAGCGACUGUUGACGAACACCACCGAAGUCUUCAAGCUCAGGAAUGACCUGAAGCUGCGCGGCGAGAAUAUCGGGACCCUCCAGAAGGAGUCAUACGAUCACCAGCAAAGGGCUGAUGAAGCCGCUAAGGUGGCAAAGGACUUGCGAGAUCUUACAGCCACCGAAGGUGUACGGUUGAAAAAUGAAAUAAGACAGGUGAUGGAAGAGAACAAGGCGUUGAAGGAUGACAACAAAAAGGUCACCGAUGAGAUCAAAGAGUUAAAAGAAGCCGCCAAGACAAUGGCAGAACAAGGCGCGAGGUGGGAGCACGAGGCACACCUCUUGGACGAAAAGGUCACAGUGCUCGAGUUGAAGGAUAAAGAGUGGCAACAAACGGUCCAUCAGAAGACACAGGAGAUUAUCAGACUGAAUACGGAGCUGAUUGAUAUGACACAAACGGCGAUGACAAGAGAAGAUGAGGUCACCGUGACGAAAAAUCAGCUGAAAGCAGCAGCCGAAGAAUACACGACGUUGGAAAGGGAUGUGACACAGUUGGCGGAACACAUCAGGAAAACGCUCGUGGUUCAAGCGAGUACACUGAUCAGCAUGAUGCGGCAUCGAGCGGAAAUCGAUGGAGCACAUUUCCGACUCACAAGACGAAUGGAAGACGGAUCGUACAAAACGGUAUUUUACGACGCUAAGAAGAACCCUUUGUGGGAGGUCGCCUCACAGGGAUCUCCGAAAGAGACAAGACACUUGGAAAUUCAUCCCCCGGCACAAGAAGGCGGAGCCGGAGAGACGGAAGAGGCGCCGGGCACGUCGGCAAAUCUAACUGAAACCGGAGGGGCAAGACGUUCUCUACAAAGAGUGUUAGAGAUUGCCCAGGGAAGUCAUGAGCACCUUCAGUGUGAUGAACCAAACUGUGGCUAUUGUAAUCCACCUGGAGACGACGAACCAGAGUCGGAAGACGAGGACCCACCUGAGGAAGAAGGCUCAGACGAAGAAACGGCCGACAAGCAUAAAAAGCCCUUAAAGGUCAAGCCCUCAAAAGUCAAACCGAGAAAAGCGCCCAGAUUGGAAGAGGCCAUGAACCGCGACAAGGUUAAGAAAGGCGAUUUUCUCAAGAAACGACGGGAGGAAGAAGAUAAGAAGAAACAACAGGAGGAAGAAGAUAAGAAGAAAAAGAGCGGUGAUGAAAGCGAUAGCACAAGCACCGGAAAGAAGAAAAAAGAUGAACCAGCGUCUCAUGAUGUCGAGAUAUUGGACGAGUCAGUUGGCGAAGUUGAAGAAAGGUCAUCGACACCUACGAAGUCAAAGAAAGUCAUCCAAUCAGCUACAUCAAAAGCAAAGGUCACUGAGCCCGAGUCGCCAAAACCCAGAGCAAAGGUCAUCGCAGUGAAACAAGCUGUCCCCAUUGUAAUGUCCGCAUCCACGAUAAAAGAGCGUAAGGCCAAACAAGGUCGUGAGAAAGCGAAACGGGAGACGUCGCUUGAAUCGGAGGCAUCGGAAGCGAGUCUACCGAGCACUUCGACAGUCAGUGCGAGGUCGUAUACGGAUUCGAAGACAACCCGGUCAAGGACCACAGAACCAAGAAGCCUAGCGGAGGCCUUGGAUAAAGGGCAAAAAGCAAAGAGCGAGCCCGUUAAGACGAAAGGAAAGGUCAAAACAGCCAUGAAAGUUGAUGCAAUGGCAAUGAUCAAUUACGCUGAACCAGAUGGAGAGAGUGAAUUGGACUUUACAGAAGAUGAGGAAUUUGAUGAUCCGGACGAUGACAGUUUGACCACGGUCGAUGACAUCAUCAACGCGUAUAAUGGAGCUGAGAAAAAUUUCACACGGAUAAGAACAGCAUCGGUGACAUCGAAAUUUAAAGCAGGCUUGAAGACAUAUCUCAAGAAACAGCGUCGUAGCUUUACUAAACAGAAGUUCGACGUCGUACUGGAAUUCGCACGGAACGCAGGAAAACUUAUCCAGAAGCACCCGAGUUUCUCGUAUGAGGCCAAGUUGUUCAGACCAGCCAGUUCGGAUAAGGCGCUGACAACUCCGAAUGAAGCGGUCCCAAUGCGAGUGGAAAGGGCAAUCGCGGGAAUGACAAGCCCAUUAGGAUCAACGAGUCACCGGAUUAGCCAAUACAUCAACGCAGUUUGGAACGACGGAAAUGGAAUGAUAAAGGAGAUCGACACGGCAACCGAACGCGUAUUGCCAAAGUUGAUUAAACAGAACGUCCUUGCCACGACAAACGCAAAUAAAGGACACCCGAUCCGAUACACGAGAGUUGGUCUAAUACCACCGGAAAGACAGAUCCACUGUAAUAUGUCCGACAGUCAGGAUAUGGAAAAGGUUACAGUUUCAUCGAAGACAAAAGGCCCAAUGGACUCGGAAUCGGGAAGUGAUGACGAUACUACAACAACGGCUCCUUCUGGACCUGUGACAGAAAAAGGCGAACAGCCGAAAGGUCAAGAGACAUCUGGAACUACCGCAGAAGAUCAACCGAAAGGUCAUGAGACUUCAGAUAAACGGGAGAAAGAAAAGGUCAUGCUCCCGAUGGAUAAGGCAGCGGCAGAAGCUGAAGCGGAUUCGGCGCGCCAGGUGUUUCACAAAUCACUGUUCAUACCAUUAAAGGACGUCUUU